UCCCCCUCUUUUUCCCUUUGUUUUAAUCUUCUUCUACUUGUGCCUUGCAUACUUGACAGCUGUGCAUACUCCCAGACUAGACCAGAUACCCAUUUCCCGGUAGAAUGACCAAUCCAACAUCAGCAACAACAGCAACAGCAGCAGCAGUAGAAGUUACCGAUAUAAGCGACGAGCAGCUACACACAUCAGCAGAAGCAGCAAUGACAACGACGCCAGCCGAUCAGGAACAUCAAAUGGUUCGUGCUCUAACUGUUGAAGAGCUCGACACAGAUCUAUACCGGAGCCAUGAGCUAUGGCAUCCUCAUGGUUCCCGAGGAGCUUUUGGUGGCCAGCUUGUUGCUCAAGCCCUGAGAGCUGCAUGGAAUACUGUGCCGGAAGAGUUUCAUGUGCAUUCAUUACACAAUUAUUUUCUGGUACCGGGUCGAUCCGAUAUCCCAGCUAUCUAUCAAGUUCGACGUGUUCGAGACGGCCGAUCGUUUGCCACUCGCGUAGUAACAUGCACACAGCAAGGCAAAAUUGUCAUUGUUUGUACCUGCAGCUUUACCAAAUUUGACGCCACGAGUGAAACACUUCAUCAUCAGACGCCAAUGCCAGAUAACGUCCCUAGACCGGAUGAAUUACCAAACAACAAUGAACGGAUGAAGAUGCUUUUGGAAGAUCCCCGCAUUCCCGACGAUUAUCGAGAGCGCUUUAAAAACUUUAUGGAUGCUGUGACGCCAGUCGAAUAUCGAGAUAUCAAGGUGGAUUCGGUCGAAGAAUUUGCUCGAGGUCGCAUAGAGCCAAGCGAACGACAGGGACAAUGGUUUAAGGUGCGGGAUAGACUGCCAGAUAACGAUGCUGCAUUGCAUGCAUGUACUAUUGCAUAUGCUUCCGACAGCGGGAUUUUGAUGACAGCAGUGCGCGCAAAUGGAAUGAUGGCCCGGAAAGGCAUUGGCAUGAUGGCAAGUGUAGAUCAUUCCAUGUGGUUCCAUGCACCUACUCGAGCAGAUGAAUGGCUGUACUAUGAUCUACAUAGCCCGCGCUCCAAUGAGGGUCGUGGUACAGCAUUUGGUCGCAUCUAUAAUGAACAAGGAGUGCUGGUAGCCACGACGUCGCAAGAGGGUAUCAUCCGAUUGACAAAGGGUGAACAAGAACGGAGGAGAAAGAAUCUUAACAAGUUGUAACAACCAGUUAGCAGUUAGCAGUUGGCAGUAGUAGUAGUAGUUUAUAGACUGAGACGAAGAUGACUUUUGUUUUUCUUGUUGUUAUUGCUAUAUUUUUGUAUCUUCACUUACCAUCUCAUCUUAUUAUUUACACCUCAUGGAUAUCUUAUACGUCCACAGCAUCGAUACCUGUAAAAUACAUAGAACGAACAUAAAUGAUGAUCUGCCGUAGAGUACAUAGACAUAUUAUGAGACUCAUUCAUUCUGUCGUGAAGUUGUUGCUAUCCCUUUUACAGCAGAUAUUUGUCCAUAUCAAGCCACUUGUUGGGUAUGUAGUGUGUUCCAUCACAAAGCUUAUACAGGAAGGUCGUGGUAUCGCGUUUAAUUUAAACCAUAGACUAGGCCUGAAAAAG